AUGGCUUCAACAGAGACUGCGCCAGUGCGCGCCCAGACCCUAUCCACACUUCUCGAGAGUCUCAAUUCCUGUCUCACCAGCGCCGGAUCUUCCCUCCCGGCCCCUCGCAAAGAUGCGCCCACCGAUGUUUCCAUCGCGCCGCCGCAAGACGGUAUUUCGCUUCUCGACACCAAGAGCGAAAUUCUCCUCUCUUACCUGCAGAACCUCGUAUUUUUGAUUAUAUUCCAACUACGGCAAAAACAGUCGGAUGAACCCGAAAUCGCGGCCGACAGCACACUUCGGGAAGAGGUUGUGAAUAAAUUGGUUGAGCUUCGGGUAUUCCUUGAUCGCGGUGUCCGACCUCUGGAGGGACGUUUGAAAUAUCAGAUCGACAAGGUCAUCAAGGCGGCAGAAGACUCAGACCGGACAGAGCGCCCGGCUAAAUCCAAGAAGCCGAAGAAGCCCAGCAAGACUGUUGGCUCUGACAGCGACGUGAACUCCGAGGAUGAUGACGAGGCAAGCGACAGCGAGGAGGAUGACGAGGAUAUGGAUGAAUUGGCAUACCGUCCCAACGUUGCGGCGCUUGCCAAAGGCAAGGUGGAACAGAGGCAGCCCCAGGCCAAGGCCGCAGCCCGACAGGAGCCUAGUGAUGGCAUCUAUCGCCCACCGAAGAUUAUGCCCACCUCCCUUCCCACCACCGAACGUCGUGAACGCCAGGAUCGCCGCCCCCGCCGAUCCAAUGUCAUUGACGAAUUCGUCAGCGCCGAAAUGUCCGCUGCGCCAAUGGCCGAGCCCAGCAUCGGUAGCACCAUCAUUGAUGGUGGACGCCAAACCAAGUCCAAGAAAGAUCGCGAGCACGAGGCCGAACGCACCCGGUACGAAGAGACCAACUUUGUCCGUCUUCCCAAGGAGACCAAGAAGGAUCUUGCCAAGCGCGGUGUCGGGCGCCGCGACGGUACAUAUGGUGGUGACGAAUGGAAGGGCCUUAACGAGGGAGCCGAUCACAUUGAGCGUCUUACCCGUCGGUCAAAGAACAGCGGCUCUGCUCUCGAAAAGAGCCGGAAGCGCAAGAACGAGGAUGGACAGCGCAGCGAUGGUGUGGCAGUGGGUGACAUCUUUGACAAACGUCGCAAGAAGAUUGAUAACUGGAAGCGGUAA